CAGAGACUUCAAUCCUAGUCUUCUUUGCAGUCUUUGCAAACUCCAGCACCUGUUACCCACUUCUCGGUUUUACCCUCAGACCAUUCUCAUUGACAUCUUCAAUCCGCAAAUGCAACAGUUGACGUUCUCUCUCAGAGUUUUACGAUAGAAUAGAGAAUUGAUGGGCGGGAUAACUUCAAGAAGUAGUUCGUCAAGACAGUCUUCUUUUGCGUCUAGAUCAUCUUCCUGGAAUCAUCAGAAUUAUGAACAGGCGCCGUAUGCACAACCUUAUGCACCUCCAAGUCAUGACGGUGGGCAACAGCAGCAUUAUGCACCUGCAUCUCAAAGCCAUAGUGGUGGUGCUUGGGGAUCAGAGUCUAAGAAGAGGUUGGAAAGAAAGUACUCAAAGAUAGAUGAUAAUUACAACAGCCUUGACCAGGUCACAGAUGCAUUGGCCCGCGCUGGUCUCGAGUCUUCUAAUCUUAUUGUUGGGAUUGAUUUCACUAAGAGCAAUGAGUGGACAGGUGCUAGGUCAUUUCACAGGAAAAGCUUGCAUCACAUUGGAGAUGAGCAAAAUCCCUAUGAACAAGCAAUAGCUAUUAUCGGGAAAACAUUAUCUUCUUUUGAUGAGGAUAACAUGAUUCCUUGCUAUGGAUUUGGAGAUGCAUCAACCCAUGACCAAGAAGUUUUCAGUUUCUACCCUGAUGAGGACACCUAUUGUAACGGAUUUGAAGAAGUUUUGAGCCGAUAUAGAGAAUUAGUUCCUCAGCUACGACUUGCAGGACCCACAUCAUUUGCCCCUAUCAUUGAAAUGGCCAUGACCAUAGUUGAGCAAAGUGGUGGUCAGUAUCAUGUAUUAGUGAUCAUAGCUGAUGGGCAGGUGACUAGAAGUGUUGAGACUGGUCGUGGCCAAUUCAGCCCACAGGAAAAGAAAACUGUUGAUGCAAUUGUUAAGGCAAGUGAGUAUCCCCUGUCAAUUAUAGUAGUUGGAGUUGGAGACGGACCAUGGGAUAUGAUGAAAGAAUUUGAUGAUAACAUUCCUGCACGAGCCUUUGAUAACUUCCAGUUUGUGAAUUUUACAGACAUUAUGUCAAAGAAUACAGACCGCUCAAGAAAAGAAGCAGAAUUUGCUCUUGCAGCCCUUAUGGAAAUACCCUCUCAGUAUAAAGCGACACUAGAGCUCGGUAUAUUGGGUGUUACAAGAGGGAAGGCUGUAGAUAGGAUCCCGCUUCCCCCUCCUCAUUAUGGUUCGGCUUCUUUUGGCACCUCAAAAACUUCACGUGCAAAUAGUUUUCGUCCAACUGCACCUUCAAGGCCACAACAUCAGGAUGUUAGCCAUAGCAGAGCGCCUCCUGCUGGUUCUUCUUCCGCUUCUGCUUCUGACAAUCAUGUAUGUCCCAUUUGCUUAACCGAUCCAAAAAAUAUGGCAUUUGGUUGUGGACACCAGACAUGCUGCGACUGUGGACAAGAUCUUCAGUUAUGCCCGAUUUGCAGAAGCACCAUCGAAACCAGGAUUAAGCUUUAUUAAGUAUUUGCUCGCCCGAAUUCUUCUAGAAAAAACGUUGUUUAUCCCAAGUUUUUUUACCUCUGCUUGUUCAACUCUAACCCAAUUGUUUCUCGUUCCCUGUACAUAUCUCAAGUCUUCCUGGAUUUUUCAUCAUAUCUAUUAGCCUAAGCAACUCCAAAAUGAACAUCUACUAGUAGAGGGAGGUCUUGGUUGACAAGUGGGGUUAGAAUUGCUGCUAUGUCCAGAUUCUGUAUUUGUUUGAUUUCUUUCUUUUUAACAUUAUUUGUGCAUUUCUUCUUGGUCCAGUUAAAUUCAAUAUAUAUAAAAAGUAAUGUCAUGGGUCCAGAUAUGUACACAAUAUAUACAUUAUAUAAUCAGUCAAUAAAGUUUCCUUCUGCGUUACCUAUGGCAUUUUAUUGUUUUGAGCUCAAUAGAUAAAUUUCACAUAUUGUUGAUUUUACAAAUAGUGGUUAUUAGGUUUAAAUUAUCAUUUUUCUUUUUCUGCCAUUCCUGGAAAUUUUGUUGAAUCAUCAAAAGAUUCAUUCUGCUCAAUUGAUGGAGACUUUUGGGAUCAGUUCAUCAGCUAAAGACUCACUCUAGACAAGUGUGGAGAACUUCUAGGAUAAUUGACUGAACUUCUGCAGUCCAGUAUCCAUUUUCCCUCCUUGAUUCGAUCAGUAUGGAAAUAACCUGCAUCUUUC